AUGCCUUAUGCUAAUCAACCCAUUGUUACUAUCUUGAACUUAUCUGACGACCAGGUUAGAUUCGUUUUAGAAGACACAGAUCUUAGUGUUGCAAAUUCAUUGAGGCGUGUUUUUAUAGCUGAGGUGCCAACAAUGGCAAUUGAUUGGGUUCAAAUUGAAGCAAAUAGUAGCGAAUGUCAAUGUACCGAGUUUUGCAAUCAGUGUUCCGUUUCAUUCGAGCUUAAUGUGAAAUGUAGGGAUGAAGCCACAAGAUCAGUGACAACGGCAGAUUUAGAAUGCAAGGGAACUGAUAUAAAUGGAGAACAAAUGCAAGUAUUCCCAGCUUGUGGAGUUCAUGUUCGUAAUCGAUCAGGACAUGGUGCUGACGAUUAUUCCAGACAAGACGAUAUUUUAAUAGUAAAGUUGCGAAAAGGACAGGAAAUAAACUUACGAUGUUUCGCAAAAAAGGGUUUUGGAAAAGAGCAUGCCAAAUGGAACCCUACAUGCGGAGUUGGAUUUGAGUAUGAUCCUGAUAAUGCUCUUAGGCACACUGUAUACCCCAACCCAAAAGAGUGGCCAAGAAGCGAGUUUAGCGAUUUAGAAGAAGGAGAGAGCGAAGCUCCUUAUGACCCUCAUGGUAAACCGUCCAAGUUUUGGUAUACAAUUGAAUCAACUGGAGCUUUAAAAGCAGAGAGGGUGGUACUCUCAGGAGUAGCCAUUUUGAAAAAGAAAUUACAGGAACUUCAAGAACAACUUAGCCGAGAAUUACAAAAUCAUGGACUGGCCAUCGGGCAAUAA